AAAAAAGGGCUGUUGUAUCUCCAAUAUCAACAUAACAACAUCUCCCUGAAUCUUAACUCAAAAUUUUUUUCUUUUCCUACAUAAAAUUCUCAGAGGAAAAUGGCAGAAAGAAAUCACUCCACAGUGACUGAAUUUAUUCUCGCUGGGUUAACAGAUAAACCAGAGCUCCAGCUGCCCCUCUUCCUCUUCUUCCUAGGAAUCUAUGUGCUCACAGUGUGGGGGAACCUGGGCAUGAUCUUCCUGAUCGGGCUUAGUUCCCACCUGCACACCCCUAUGUACUUAUUCCUUGCCAGUCUGUCCUUCAUUGACUUGUGCCAGUCCACUGUCAUUACCCCCAAAAUGCUGGUGAACUUUGUGGCAGAGAAGAACAUCAUCUCCUACCCUGAAUGCUUGACUCAGCUGUAUUUCUUGUGUGUUUUUGCUAUUGCAGAGUGUUAUAUGCUAGCUUCAAUGGCCUAUGACCGCUAUGUUGCUAUCUGUAAUCCUUUGCUUUACACUGUUACCAUGUCCUAUGAAGUCUGUUCCUGGAUGGUAGUUGGGGUGUAUGGCAUGGGUUUUGUUGGUGCCACAGCCCAUACAGUGUGUAUGCUAAGACUGAUUUUCUGUAACAAUGAUGUAGUAAACCAUUAUUUUUGUGAUCUUUUUCCAUUACUGGAGCUCUCCUGCUCUAGUACUUGUAUCAAUGAGGUGGUAAUUCUGUGCUUCAGUGCAUUUAAUAUUGUUGUCCCAACCCUGAUCAUCCUUGGCUCUUACAUCUUCAUCAUUGUCAACAUCCUUCAAAUUCCCUCCACUGAGGGCAGGUCCAAAGCCUUCAGUACUUGCAGCUCUCACUUCUCUGCUGUUUCUGUCUUCUUUGGAACUCUAGCAUUCAUGUACCUGCAGCCAUCUUCAGUCCACUCCAGGGAUCAAGGGAAAGUGUCCUCUGUGUUUUAUACCAUUGUUAUACCAAUGCUGAAUCCCUUGAUUUACAGCCUGCGGAAUAAGGAUGUCAAAGUGGCCCUAACUAAGUCUCUUAAAAAAAGAUGUUUUCUAUGA